UCAAAAAAGUUAAUGUAAUCCAUAAUGUAAACCACUAUAUUGUAAAAUUAUGUAAUUUAAGAGUAGGCAUUAAGGUACACCGUAUUUCACCAAGGUCCACUUAGUUUAAAAGUCCACUAUCUGGGCCCGGUUGCAUAAAGCACCUUACGUUUUUCCCUUAAGGAGAUGUUUACUGUAUGAAACAAAAAAAACGUAUGGCCUAAAAUGCAUGAAUUCGCUUAGAGCAGCUUAAAGGGAAAAUUACACUUAAGGUGCUUUAUGCAACGGGGCCCUGGCCUCACCACUGUUUCAUACUCAGAACCGGCACAACCUCAUAGAAUGCCAAACAGUAUCAGAUCGACGAGUCUUGCAGUUACAAUACCUCAAGGCAGAUAAAAACAGAUUUGUGUCCAACAUUGUGUAAAACAAUUAAACAAUUACAACCACAAACCAAAAUGUUUUUUGUCGGUGGUUCAAUGGUAUUUCAAGCAUUCUGACUUAUAAACACAGUUAUAGUGUCUAAAAAUCUAAUUGUCAAAAAAGCAGUUGGGCAUGUUACAGAGUAUUUCUGUGCGGAAUGCACUUUGGCAGGGUUCGUACAAAUUUUGGAAAGUUUUUUUUCAUGAGAAUUGCAGACGAUUUUUUUGCACAGCCCUACUCCAGAUUAACAUCAGAAAUGCAGAAACAAAAUGUGGUUAUGUUAGCUUUAAUUUUUUAUGAUUUAUUGAAGAUUUCUGAAGCUGAAAAUCUGACAUAUUUCAAACGGCAAAUAGCGAACCAACUUUAUUCUGGUACCCAUUUAAAUCUAAAGAGCAUUUGUGUUUAUAUUGUGAACUAAUGAUUUGUUAAUAAUUAUCUGUUUUUUCAACUCUCAUUUAUCUCCACAAUGACUGUCUUAUUUUUUACUGUCUGAAUUUUUAUUCACUUUUUUAUUUUGUGUUUGUUUUGUGUCUGAAUGUCAUUUUCAUUCAGUGUCAGCUGUGCAUAUCAGACCUCUGCAGCUCCAUCAUGGACCACACACAAACAUACAAAGAUGGAGAUUUUUCUCCAGGAUGCAGUUCAGUUCAUCAGAAGGGAAGAGAUCCAGAGGCCAGCUGUGUAUCUAUGAAGAGUAAUCUGUCUAUGAUUCAACCAAUAUCAUUUAAGAGUUCAGGUCAUGAGAAGGGAACAGAUCCAGAGCCCAGCUGUGUGUCCAUCAAGAGUGAUUUGUCUAUGAUUCAACCAAUAUCAUUUAAGAGUUCAGUUCAUCAGAAGGGAAGAGAUCCAGAGCCCAGCUGUGUGUCCAUAAAGAGUGAUCUGUCUAUGAUUCAACCAAUAUCAUUUAAGAGCAACAACUCAAAAUUUGAUGAGGUCCGCAACACAUUUCGAUCAGACCUGCGGAAGAAGUUUGAGUGUUUGUAUGAGGGAACAUUAAAUGAGGUAAACCCAACACUACUGAAUGAGAUCUACACAGAGCUCAACAUCACAGAGAGUGAAAGUGGAGAGAUCAAUAAUGAACAUGAGGUGAGACAGAUUGAGACACAAUCCAGAAGAACAACAACGGAGGAGACACCAAUCAAAUGCAAUGACAUCUUUAAACCAUUACCAGAACAAGACAAACACAUCAGAAGUGUGAUGACAAAGGGAGUCGCUGGCAUUGGAAAAACAGUCUCUGUACAGAAGUUCAUUCUGGACUGGGCUGAAGAGAAAGAGAAUCAGGACGUCCACCUCAUAUUUCCACUUCCUUUCAGAGAGAUCAAUUUGAUGAAGGACAAAACACUCAGUCUUUUAGAUCUUCUUCAUCUUUUCUUCCCAGAGACAAAAGAAAUGGAAAUCUUCAGUGAUAAAUAUAAAGUGUUGUUCAUCUUUGAUGGUUUGGAUGAGUGUCGUCUGUCUCUGGAUUUUCACAGCAGUGUGAGGUUGUGUGAUGUAAAUGAAUCAACCUCAGUGGACGUGAUGCUGACAAACCUCAUCAAGGGGAAUCUGUUUCCCUCUUCUCUCAUCUGGAUCACCUCCAGACCAGCAGCAGCUGAUCUCAUCCCCUCUGAGUGUGUUGAUCGAGUCACAGAGGUACGAGGCUUCAGUGGUCCACAGAAGGAGGAAUACUUCAGGAAGAAAAUCAGUGAUGAGAGUCUGUCUGAUCAAAUCAUCUCACACCUGAAGUCAUCCAGGAGUCUCUUCAUCAUGUGUCACAUCCCAGUGUUCUGCUGGAUUUCAGUCACUGUUCUAGAGAGAAUAUUGAGUGAAGCAGAGAGAAGAGAGAUCCCCAAGACUCUCACUCAAAUGUACACACACUUCCUGAUCAUUCAGACAAACAUCAAACAUCAGAAGGACUAUGUGACAAAAGAUGAAGAUAUGAUCUAUAAUCUGGGUAAACUGGCUUUUGAGCAGCUUGUGAAAGGCAAUCUGAUCUUCUAUGAUGAAGACCUGAGAGAUUGUGGCAUUGCUGUAGCAGAAGCAUCAGUGUACUCAGGAUUGUGUACUCAGAUCUUCAGAGAGGAGUUUGGUUUGUAUCAGGGGAAAGUUUACAGCUUUGUUCAUCUGAGCAUUCAGGAACACCUAGCUGCUCUAUAUGUGCACCUCUCCUUUAUAAACGAUUGGAAAAAAAACACUUUCUUGCAGUUUACUUUAUUUGAACUGCAUCAGAAGGUUGUGGAUAGGGCUUUAAACAGUGAAAAGGGACAUUUUGAUAUUUUUCUUCGUUUUCUUCUGGGUUUGUCACUGGAUUCCAAUCAGAAUCUUAUACAAAGUCUAAGGAUAAAGACAGGAAGAAGCUCUCAUAACAAUUUGAAAACAGUUGAGUACAUCAAACAGAAGAUCAGGAGCACUCAAUCUCCAGAGAAAUCCAUUAAUCUGUUUCAUUGUCUGAAUGAACUGGGUGAUGAUUCACUAGUAGAGGAAAUCCAACAUUAUCUGAAAUCUGGAACAUUAGGUGAAGUCAAACUCUCUUCAUCUCAGUGGUCAGCUGUAGUUUUUGUGUUGUUGACAUCAGAACAGAAGCUGGAUGAGUUUAAACUGAGUGAAUUUGUAAGAGGUAACAAAGAAGAAAAACUCCAUGUUCUUCAGAACCUGCUCCCUGUGAUUUGUGAGUCCAGAUCAGUUCAAUUGUGUGAAUGUAAUAUCACAGAUGAACAUUGUGUUGGUGUGACUUCCGCUCUGAGAUCAAAGCCAUCACACCUGAGAGAACUGAAUCUGUCUCAGAAUAAUGUAGGAGAUUCAGGAGUGAAGAUGCUCUCUGAUGUAUUAAAGAUUCCUCAAUGCAAACUGGAGAACCUGAUGUUGAAUUUCUGUAAUAUCACAGAUGAAGGUUGUGUUGCUCUGACUUUAGCUCUGACAUCAAACCCAUCACAUCUGAGAGAUCUGGAUCUGUCUAAUAAUGAACUAAGAGAUUCAGGAGUAAAGCUGCUCUCUGCUGUACUGAAGAAUCCUGACUGUAAACUGGAGAUACUGAGGUUAAGUGAUUGUAAUAUCACGGAUGAAGGUUGUGUUGCUCUGACUUCAGCUCUGAGAUCAAACCCAUCACACCUGACACAUCUGAAUCUGUCUGAUAAUAAUAUUGGAGAUUCAGGAGUGAAGCUGAUCUCUAAUGUACUGAAGAAUCCUCAUUGUAAACUGAAAAUACUGUGUCUGAGAUGGUGUAAUAUCACAGAUGAAGGUUGUGUUGCUCUGAAUUCAGCUCUGAGAUCAAACCCAUCACACCUGACACAUCUGAAUCUGACUGAUAAUAGUAUUGGAGAUACAGGAGUGAGGCUGAUAUCUGAUGUACUGGAGAAUCCUCACUGUAACCUGGAAAAACUGAGUUUGUGUGAUUGUGAUAUCACAGCUGAAGGUUGUGUUGCUCUGACUUCAGCUCUGAGAUCAAACCCAUCACACCUAACACAUCUGAAUCUGUCUGUUAAUAAAUUUGGAGAUUCAGGAGUGAAGCUGCUCUCUGAUGUACUGAAGGAUCCUCACUGUAAACUGGAGAAACUCUGGUUGAGUUAUUGUAAUAUCACAGUUGAAGGUUGUGUUGCUUUGACUUCAGCUUUGAGAUCAAACCCAUCACAUCUGAGAGAACUGAAUUUGUCUAAGAAUAAACUAGGAGAUUCAGGAAUGAAGCUGCUCUCUGAUCUAAAGGAUAAUCCACAACAUACACUGGAUAAAGUAUUCUUUUAGUAGAUGCCAGUCUGAUCAUUAGCUGAUGAAGAUUUAGGAGAGACUCAACACAAAUCAACAGAGACACAGUAAUAGGAUGUGUCGUAAACGGAGACUUUCGUAAACGCUGCAGACCCUGUUUUAGUUUGAAAACUACGGGUUAUGCUGCAGUGUAAACGGUCUUAAACAGAGAUCUAUGUAAACAAAAGUGUGAGUCCAUCACAUAGACUCCCUGCUGGAUGAUAUCUGCAUAUGUGUUCCUUACUAUAAAUGCAGUUUACACAAUGUGAUGCUGGAGCAAUACAAUGGAAUUUCCUUUCCACUGUUAAGUCUUUACUCUGUUCACUCCAGUUUAAAAAACAAGGUUAUUUACAUUCCCUGUUUUGUAUUAUGAUAAUUAGGUGAAGGCAGCCCUUAUAAGCUGUUUUAAUUAACAUAGCCCAUAUAAGGUAAUUAACAUGAACUAGAAAUGCUAUCAGUUAAACACAAUAUGCCAAGGAAGGAUUUUUAUGCAGUCUAUAAUUGAGUUGAUUGGGAUCUUGCAGCUUUAAAAAAUCAAUGGAAAUCUAUGUUGUAAUCUUUUAUAGUUGUCCUUUACUUUGUAAAGUGCAGUUGAUAAAAAACAGUCUGAAGAAUCAUUUACGUUAAGAGUAUAGCUGUUUUUUCAAGUUCACUGUUUGAUAAUGUGUCGUUAUUUUUGCUUUACUGAAGCUGUCUGUGUGUGAAACCUGUUCUCCAAUAAUGUUAAUAAUUAUAAUAUAAGCAUUGGUCAAGCAUUUUUGAUACAGUCUUAUUUGAGGCAGAAGGUCAAUUUCUAGAAAAGAUGCAUUGUUGUUGUUUGCCAUUUUUAAAUGUUACAAUUUUAUUGGUGUGACUGUGUGUAACCAUAGAUAUUUAUAAAGGCUAGAUGUGUUACGGCGGAGUUACUAACGUCAUCACCUGGAGGCCAUCUUACCACAGGCAGCGCGCUCACUAGUAGCAUUGAGUUUAAUGGUGCAAUACUUUUUAAUGACCAUAACUUGCUACAUUUUCUACCAAUUUUCAAACGGUUUGGUUUAAACAUUAUUAACAUGGCUAUAAUUCUGGAUGCUUCAACAUGUUUCAUGAAAUUCUUUUUUUUUUGUAUAAGCAUGCAGUGUCAUAGGUACAUUUUUGACAUUUA